ACUGAUGCGACGAUCGGAUUAAAGCGAUCAGCUGCCUGCGUAGCUACUUGUAACGUAGUGUUCGUCCUAGCUGGGUAUUCGUUGGUACCCACACGACUACUUUUCGGCUGCAGCUUCGGUAACAGCCUAGACGGUUGAACAUAGUUGCAGUGAAGGAGUUAUUGUGUUAUUGUAUCAUGAUUGACCAGUUUGCAUCGAUCCGCCGCCAUGGAAAGUGCUGACCUGAUCGAUUUCGACAGCGACGAUUCGUUCGUCGUCAUCGGUUACGGAUCGCCGGGAAGUUCUGUUGUGGAUUAUAGUCCAUUGGACGUCUUGUCGUCGGAGAGUCAGUCAUCGGAGUCCGGUGAAAUGUGUGCAGAGAAGUGUCCGAUCGUGGAAGAAGCUGGAGACACUCGUCGUGUGAUUCCAGCGAUAGUGAUUGAUUUUGUGGCGAGCGAAGGGGAGCUGGAAGAAGAAACACUGGACUUGGUAGAUGAUAAGCGACCGAUUGGAAAAGUACUAGGCGAAGAAGAUGAUUCGGAGAUCGAGCUGUGGUUAAAAUGGCCUACGAGGAUUGCAAACGGUGGUUUGAGUGAGCUUAGCUAUCAGGUCACAAAAGAAGCUGAAGACACUGGUGAGAUUCCAACAAUACUAGUUGAUUUGGUUCCGAUCGAGGAAAGACAUGAGGACGAGCAAGAACCGACAAAGGAAGAGCAAAAGAGUGUUGCUGAGCAUGUUGAACCAACAUGUGUCAGUGUGAGUUUGCAGCAACCAAAGAAAGAGAGGAAGAGAGGCAAACGGAAGGAGAAGCUCGUCGAUGCAGCAGAGAUAACAGACGAUGAAGCGAUUAGUGAGCUACAGCCUGCGGAGAUUGAGCCUCAUCUCAAGGAAACAGACACAGAUGAACUAAAGCUGACAGACGAGGUGCAAAGUGAAGUUUCAAAGAAGAAAAGGACUAGGAGAGGCAGAAACGACAAGACCAGGGGCAAAAAGAGCAAUAAAGCCACCAAUGCUGUAGAUGUAUCAGACAAAAAAGACACUUGCGAACUUGUACCAACGGUGAUCGAGCCUCAAAUCAAAGAAUCUGUUGAACCUGUGUUAAUAUGCUUGGAGAAAAUUCCUAAAAGUAAGAAGAAAAAGAAACGGAGAGGUAAAGGCAAAGGUAAGGCCACCGAGAAGACUGCGAUCGUUGUGAAGUUGAAGAAAAUCGCUCAAAACGUGCAAGGUACCACGCUAGUCGAGGUUCACCGUGAAAUGAACGGGAAAAGUGCGGCGCAAACCGUUCAGCAAACGAAGGUCAAACCAGGAAAUAGUACGACGACACCGAGAACAGCGCAACAGAAGUCAUCGGGCAAGAAAUCGUCACCGCCGGGGAAGACCAGAGGAAACGGUAUGGUUGAUGUUGUGAUGGAAAACGAUCGGCUCAAGAAGGCCCUUGCCGCAGCCGAGCAGAAGGCGGUGUGUGCCGAACGGGAGAAGUAUAAGCUAGCGGAAGCGCUUGGCCAGACGCGGAAACAGUUGAAGGUCGAGAGAAGUCUAAGGCAGGCGAUGGAACACUCCGAACGGAAGAUGACGGAGAUAGAGGAGAAUGCGACACAGAGCACAGAUCAACGUGAAGAGGAGACGCAUCCUAAGGAACCUCCGACUGUUUCCCAGGAGGAGAAAACUACUACUAGGAAUGACGAUCGGAUGGAUGAGCUCAUGAAGGAGAUACGAGACCGAAGCAGGCUGUGUGCAGCGGAGCACGCCAACACGGCGAGGAUUCUUCAUGAGACAGAUUUGAUCAAAGGCUGUAUCUUGGUGUUCAUCGUGCUACUAUCAAUGGUAUUCCUUCUGCUGCUCAUUGAAUACUGGGCGGUCAAACGGCCGCUACGAUUCUCGCUGUGGUAAUUUGUAAUGUUUUUAAAAAUUUUCCCAACUACAAGGCUCAUGCAAUCCUAGACAUUUAAUGUUAAAAAUAAAUAAUUUCAGAAAAACAUCUGUUUUGGAAUUUCUGAAAAAAUCCACAAAAAUUUCAAGAGAAAUCCCCAAGAUUCCAGAAUUUCAGAAGGAACCUU